GGCGAAUUGUAAACAAUGGCGAAAAGUAAAGUGACGGGUGCCACCAGUAGACUAAAACAAGACUAUAUUCGACUAAAAAAUGAUCCCGUACCAUAUGUGACUGCGGAACCAGUACCUUCCAACAUCCUAGAAUGGCAUUACGUAGUAAAAGGACCAGAGAAAAGUCCAUACGAAGGUGGUUUUUACCACGGCAAAAUAAUCUUCCCGAGAGAAUUCCCUUUCAAGCCACCCUCAAUCUAUAUGAUUACUCCAAACGGAAGGUUCAAGACUAACACCAGACUGUGCCUUAGCAUCACCGACUUUCACCCCGAUACGUGGAACCCCGCGUGGUCAAUCUCAACAAUAUUGACGGGAUUACUUAGUUUCAUGUUGGAAAAGACACCAACUUUAGGCUCCAUUGAAACGUCUGACUACCAAAAACGGUGUUUGGCAGCGGAGUCCCUGGAGACGAAUAUUAAGAACAAAAUGUUCUGUGAGUUGUUCCCAGAUUAUGUGGAGGAAAUUGAGCUGCUGUUGAAGCAGCGGCAGGAGGCGAUGUUGAGCGCGGACACCACGCAGCCGCCAUGUGACAGUGAAGUGACGACUGAGCAGCAGUCUAAUAUGUAUUAUAUUAUGACAAACUUGUUUGUGCUGGUAGGCUUUGUAUUCCUCGCUUAUAUGGUCAAAUAUGUUCUAGUCUCCAUAUCUAAUGACUAGGCAGUGUGGUUUUAAACUUAAUGUAAAUAAUGUAAUUUAUUUUGUAAAUACUAUUAUUCCAUUAGAGGCAAAUUCUGAAUCAUUACAGCACUCAUGUGGAAGCUGACAAAAUUGAGAUUGUUUGCAGUUAAGCUUGAUGCUUAUCAGGCACUACUUUAUUCUAUAGCAGUUAAUUUAUCUGUAAUUCUUAAAUUAGGCAUAUAGUCUAGUAACUUCUGUGAUGGUUACCAAAUGCCAGUAAUAUAUAUAUAUAUAUAUAAUGGGACACUUGAAUAACUUAAUUUUUUUAAUUAAUUUGUUUUGUAGAAAAAUUUGAUUUACUCUAAGCAAAGUUAAAACAAUUUUCUUACUUUUUUCUUCCUGGUCUUAUAGUGCUUUACUACACA